AUGACGGGUGAAUUUUGCCCUACAGACAAAAUCCCUGAAUUUUCAAACCCUACAAUUUUUCCGGCUCCUGAUGUGCCAGGGCAAACUUUCACGUCCAUGCGACCAACAGUCACAUUCAUAACCACGGACAAGAAUCCGGCCGUUGUCUUUACUACAAAAUCGCCUCCACGCUUCGACAUGCCGACAGAUGGAGGCGGGUUGCCAAUGAGUAACAAGAAAGAGCCUGCGCCUACCAAAGAGCUGCGCCCAAAUCGAGUGCAGUCCUCGAAGGAUCACGGUAAGGCCGCUUCUCAGCCGCAGCCUACGUCAGGAGAUCAGUCACACGGCCAACCUCAACGUCAUCCACUGCCUGGUUUUGAGCCUGGGUCUGGUUCUAGUCCCGAUGCUGGAUCUGAGUCCGAUCCUAAACCUGGUUCUGGAUCCAGUUCUGGAUCCAAUUCUGGCCCUAACAACAACUCCGACCCAGAGUAUAGUUCACGGUCUGGUUCUGAUUCCAACUCUGAUCUUGGUCCCAAUUCCGAGCCCAAACUUAUGCCCAUCGCUGUACAGACCAAGACAUUUGUGGUGACAGCGAGAGACCAAGAAGUUAUCGUUAACGAUAAGACUUUCUCAGGUCUCAAGGUGGACCAGACUACAACAGUCACCGUCGACCAUGGGACGUUUACAAUCCGUCCAACAGAGGUCGCUGGUGAAGGGGUAACAAUAAAGAAGCCACAGCCUGCUGGAACUGUGGUCUCUGUUGUCAGCCCUACCAGCGCAAUACUUGGACAGGUGCCUGUCGCUGUUUCAGGAACAGAGGCUUCAUUCGGUGGUACUACGGUCAGAAUUCCUCUCAUGGGCACAACUAUGAGACUGGAAAUUCCCACACAGGGCUCGAAUACCUUGGUUGAUGAACGGGAAGUCUUUAUUGCGCCUGAUAGAAUUGUUGUAGAUGGCGAAACCCUCAAGUACCAUGGGGUAGGUGCACCUCAGACAGACGUGAUCAUAGAAGGUGGCGAGAUAGUUACCGCGGUUGGGCAAUCUGUCUUGGUCUUCCGAUCGACGACACUGACUUAUGGGCCGAGCAUCCCCGGUAUUACUGAGACGAUCGACGACGAUAUUGUCACAAUAGGGCCUGCGGGUGUCGUUGUUGAUGGCACGACUCUAGGGGGUCCUGAGGCUAAAGCUGGAGAUACAAAGCGUCAAAUUGUCGGUGGAGCGACGAUUACCAAGGUCAAUCCUUCGUACAUAAUCGUUGACGAGACGACUUUCACAGCUGGUCCAGGUGCGAAGAGUACCACAAAGGAGGCUGGAGGCGAGACUAUCACAAUUGGACCCCAGGGUAUCAUCAUCGGCACAUUAACAAUCAGAUACCCCUUUGGUGUUUCGACUGUUACUACUAUCGAAGCAAAAGAGACAGGUUCCGCGAUGUUGCCUGCAGCUACUGGGACCAAUAAUAACAAUGCCAAGGUGGACAGCAAGGAUGACGAUGACAGUGGUGCAGCUUUUCUGAGAUCUGGGUUAACGAUGGAAAUGACUGGAUUAUGCAUAGCGGUAGGCGUUUGGAUUAUGGUUUAA